CGAUGACUCUUCACUCUUCCGUGACUAACUAAACGGAUUUCCUAGAUACUGACCGGGCCUCUGUGUCAUCGUAGGGGUGCUGUCCCGCGGGAGGCGUCGUACAUAUUGUUCCUGGUUCUUUGAUCGCAUUCGGAAUAGCGAGUAUGGCUCCCUCCGCGAUGCCUGUGGAGGGUUUCUCUCACGUAGAAGAGGAGGCUAUUGGCCGGACAGCAAAGAGGAUAAAGCUCAAAGCUGCUCCCAUCGAGAGUGAUGUUGAGGAAGGGGAUGCUGUUACCAUUCCGAGUCACCCACUAGGCAUCAGGCCUUCAGGGAAUGCAUACACAGCCUCCCAUGAUAUCAAGACAGCGUGCGGGCCUUUUGCUAGGAUUCCCGAUGAGUUACUCAUAACUCUGUUGGAAGGCCUAGACGCCCAGGAGCUGGUGAGGCUUGGGAGCACGUGCAAGGCCUUCUAUGCUUUUACGAGGCUAGAGGAGCUGUGGAGGACUCUUUUCAUAGAAUCGCCUCCAGAUGAUUUUGUAUGGAAUGGAACAUGGCGGUCGACCUAUCUCCGUCUCCCAGCAUCGUACACCUCCCUCGUCUCCUGCAGGAACCUCUUCUCCGACGUCCUUUAUCGUCCCUUCCACUGCACCUACACGCCACUAGAGCCCUACACUACCAACAUCCCUUCGCGCAACUCCAUUCCUCGCCUCUCCGACCUAUCCCCUGAAGAGUUCUCCGACUCCUGGACCGACAAGCCCUUCGUCCUCACCACCCCCGUCAAACAAUGGCCCAUCUACAACCACUGGACCCCCUCUACCCUCGUCGCCAAAUACCCCGACGUCAAAAUCCGCGCCGAAGCCGUCGACUGGCCGCUCAAAGUCUACACCGACUACAUGAACAACAGCCUCGACGAAUCCCCCCUCUACCUCUUCGAUCGCGCCUUCGUCGAAAAGCUCUCCAUCGCCGUCGGCCGCGACACGCCAGACGCCUCCUACUGGCCGCCCACCUGCUUCGGUGAAGACCUCUUCAGCGUCCUCGGCGACCAGCGCCCAGACUGCCGCUGGAUGAUCAUGGGCCCUGCGCGCAGCGGCAGCACGUUCCACAAAGACCCCAACGCGACAAGCGCCUGGAACGCCGUCCUCACCGGCCGCAAAUACUGGCUCAUGUUCCCCUCCUCCCCCACCACAGCCCCGCCCCCCGGCGUCAUCCUCUCCGCUGAUGCGUCCGAGAUCACAUCCCCCCUCAGCAUCGCGGAGUACCUCCUCUCCUUCCACGCCCUCGCGCGGCGCACGCCCGGCUGCCGCGAGGCGAUCUGCCACGCUGGUGAAGUGCUCCACGUACCGUCCGGCUGGUUCCACCUCGUGGUAAACUUGGACGAGAGUCUCGCGCUGACGCAGAACUUCGUCCCGCGGCGACGGCUCGCGGAUGUGCUGGGCUUCCUGCGGGACACAGGGGACCAGGCGAGUGGAUUCAAGGAUGAAGUCACGGAUCCGUACGGGUUGUUUGUGGAGAGGCUUGGGAAGGAAGCUCCGGAGGUGCUGGAGGAGGGGAUGAGAGAGCUGAAGAAGCGGGAUGGGGCGAAAAUAGUCGCGAGGAGCGAGAAAUGGGAGCAGUUGGUCAAGAAAGACGAGGAGGACGGUGGCGGGUUCUCCUUUGGGUUCGGGGAUGAUAGUGAUGAGGAAGUGCCGUAGAUUUUGUCCAGGGGGGGCUUCGAAUAGCUUACUGGGUCGACAAAAGUUGUGUAUAUAUGGUGUGAUUCAGGGAGUGAUUUCAUAAUCCUAUUGCUUAAGCCUCUAUAUUGGGACCCAUCCAAUAUGAAGCUGUAGUGGCUCCGAUCUGAACCUUCCAAAACGUGACAUUCAUGAUUCACAAACUUGGUUAGGCUAGGGGCGUCUCACAAGGUUUAGUAGGGUUUCAAAAUGCAUGUAGAUAUGGUGUGAUUUAGGACGUCUUCUCACUUCCUAUUGCUCGAGCGUCGAUAUUAGCCCUCCUCCAAAUCAAAGCUGUACCGGC